GUUGGGGAAGCCUAGUUCAACCCCACACCAAACACCGAAAUGACCACAUUGAUCACUGACAUCUACGAUUAGGCAACACCCCAGCAAGAAAUUCGAUCCAAACUUUAUCAGCCUGCUACUGCACUGAUCAUCCUGUCGAAACGGAGCAGUCUCUCACUCAAAGUGUGUACCCAGGCAGCAGCGAAACCACCGUAUCCGCUACCGUGCAUCAAGCUCUGGCGCGCGCGUUCGAACCCCUCCUCCCUCUGACAGCACGACCGAGCUACAUAUCGAGCGCGAACGGCUAUUGAAGACAGCGCAAAGAAAAAGAACACACGAGAGGAAACAAUUCAGGCGAUCCGCGUUGCACAAGGUCGAUCUGCCGGCGCAUGGUAGCUAGCCACCAUGCCGCCCCGCCGUCAUCAGUCCACAUCCAACCCCCCGUCAUAGCGCGCGCUUUCACAGCACAAUGAGCACCUCAACCGAGAACAAACGUCGCAGUAUAGGGGGCACGCAUGGGCACCGCACAUCACCCUCCUCACCAGGCUCCUCGUCACGGGGCAAAAACAGCAUGCCCGCUCUGCCGCCGCGCGCCGUGACCUCUUCGAUGGAAGAGCCUCACCAAGGCGGCAGCAGCAGCGGAUCCCUCAAAGAGCAGGAUCCCAAAGAGCGAGAGACCGGGAAAGCGUCAUCCAAAGAGAUCAGAGAGCGAGAUGACAAGAUUGAAAGACUGGAGCGCGAGCUGCAGGUCAUGGAGAGGGAGUUCACGCGGGAGCUGGAUCGGUUAUCCCAGAACGAGUCAGAGACAACAACGUUUUGGCAGUCAAAACACAGUGCGCUGAACCAACAAUAUUUACGGACGGACACUGAACUGCGGCUACUACGAUCCGAGGUCGAAGUCCGAGAGGCAGAAAGAGACGAGCUUCGACAGGGCUGGGAGGUGCUCCGAAGAGAGCUCAAGGAAAGGGACGAGGAAAUCCGUGGCUUACGAAGCCAGGUCCGGGGUCUGAAAGAGUUUGUGAGCACAAGCACGAGGACAGAUGGCUCGACGAGCGACGAGGUCUUUGGCAACGGCAUGGCGCGGUUGGGCAACGGGCUGCAAAACUGGAUCAUGAUCAACUUUCGCCGGAGCCAGCUCGACCUCGGAAAGGCGGACGAAAGCACCAUGGCAGAAGUUGCCGAGCUUGUGCCCAUGUAUGAGGAGCUGACCAAGGUGUACUUUUUGCAGUCGCUGGUGUCCAGCAUAUUGGUGGAGAUGGUCUUCGAGGCGUACUAUGUUGGCCUUUCCCAUGAACAAACCGAGCAAUUCCGCAAGAUGGAGGAUAUGCUGCGGUCUUUCACUGGCGCGGACGAAGCCGUCAACCAGUGGCGCUCUGCGACGUUGACACUGAUCCGGCGGGAAGCACCGCAACAGCACGCCGCGGCUACCACGUCCUCUGUACUAGACCGCAUUAAUCGCAUAAUGGACGCCAUCACGACUGCGACGCCCAGCGAAACGCGAGAUUCGGGACUGCGUGUUCUCAUCAACAACUCGAUAGAGCUUGCACGGCUGCUCGCCGUGCAGAAAGCUGUGUUACGCGUCACCUUUCCUCGCAUAUUGCCGCACCAGCGCAUACUCUUUGACGCUGACACGAUGGAAGACAUUGGGGGCGAGGACGAGGAGAGUCUCGCGAGUGGAAGCAGGGAAAUCGCCUGCGUGGCCUUUCCCGGCGUGAUCAAGCAUGGCGACGAGAGCGGAGGGCAGCUCCAGUACCGUAAUGUCAUUACCAAGGCAAGAGUGCUUUGUAGGUCGGAGGACUAACGUAGGUUCUUGGUGGGUAAAUACCCCUGCGGUCUAAUAUACACUUGUAUACCCGGCAUAAGACAAGAUGUUAGAAAGGAUCAAGUAUGAGAUAUGAUGCUUCACGGAGUCACGCCCCGCUUGUUGGGGCAGCUUCUACCUUGGUCUUGUCGUCGCUUGAUGUGUGGCAGUGUGAUUCUGCAGACAGCCAGGUGCGUCUAUUUGUUCAACAGGCCUCGGCAAUGCGACGGUCCGGGAUGAUGCGUUGACCCCAGCCAGGAUAGCAUGCGCCAAGCGCCACGCAGCACCCUCUCAUAAAGCUCUACACACCAUGAUCAAGCUGCGUUGGCAACACAUCGUUGGCUACCAACUUUGGGCUCCCCAUAGGGGAUUGUCCUAGACAAGGCUGGACUCGGACAGCGACGCUUCGUCCGCCUUGCAUAUCCAUGCCGUGUAACACGGGACAGUACGUCGCACCGAUGAACGGCGCUGGUGCUGUACAACCAAGACACGCGUG